UGCAUGAAGCUUUUCCGCUUCGCUUGAGAGUGUAGUGCGCAGUUUCGGCUAAGGAAGAGACAAAAUCGGAAAGCGAAAAACCCGUAGAUUCUAUCGCCCUUUCUCUCUGUGUGCUUGUGUGCAUUGUGUACGGCACACAAAGCCACUGAAACAUCCGCACUAACUCCGUUUUCUUCCGAUUCCGAAGAUCCUUUCAUUCUCCUAGAAUGAGUCGCUACGAUCCAAACCCUUUCGAAGAAGAAGAGACUCAUGUCAAUCCCUUUGCGGAUGGGACAGCUAAAAAAGGAUCUGGGCAAUCAAGUUAUGGUGGAGGGGCAUUUUACACUACUAACCCUGGAAGUGUUCCUUCUGCGACCUCAAGGCUUUCACCCCUUCCUCCCGAGCCUUAUGAUCGUGGGGCAACUAUUGACAUCCCUCUUGAUAGCUCAAAGGAUGUCAAAGCAAAGGAGAAGGAACUUCAAGCUAAAGAGGCUGAACUGAAAAGAAGGGAACAGGAACUAAAAAGAAGAGAGGACGCCAUAUCACGAGCUGGUAUUGUAAUAGAGGAAAAAAAUUGGCCACCUUUUUUUCCCAUCAUUCAUCAUGACAUUGGAAAUGAAAUACCAAUACAUCUUCAGAGGAUGCAGUAUGUUGCAUUUACAACAUGGUUAGGUUUGGUUCUGUGUCUUUUGUGGAAUAUAGUGGCAGUUACCACUGCUUGGAUCAAAGGAGAAGGUCCAACCAUCUGGUUUCUUGCUAUUAUAUACUUUAUAUCUGGUGCUCCAGCAUCCUAUGUAAUGUGGUAUCGCCCCCUUUAUCGUGCUAUGAGGACAGACAGUGCUCUGAAGUUUGGAUGGUUUUUUGUCUCUUACAUGUUGCACAUUGGCUUUUGCAUUUUUGCUGCAGUUGCUCCACCCAUUAUCUUUAAAGGAAAAUCUCUCACAGGUAUUUUGGCUGCGAUUGAUGUGAUAGGCGGCAGUGCUUUGGUUGGGAUAUUCUACUUUAUUGGGUUCGCAUUUUUCUGUAUUGAGUCACUGAUGAGCAUCUGGGUUUUUCAGCAAGUAUUGAUGUACUUCCGUGGAAGUGGCAAGGCUGCAGAGCUGAAGCGAGAUGCAGCCAGAGGAACGAUGAUGGCAGCCCUAUGACUUGGCAUUAACCAAUGUUUUCACCAGUGUUACACUCAAAAGAUUUAUUUUCUCUGUUACCAGUUCCUCGCACCUUUUGCGCCUUUCUUAAUACUUGGACUGUGUUUUUGCUGGCUGUUGGGUUAGGGCUGAAUUAAACCAUAUGAUUAAAGAACUUACAGCUGUUGUGCAUAUAUAGAGAACAUUGUUUGAGAUUGCUCUCUUGACACAUGACUAGUCCCACACAUUUGUUAAAAUGAAUUUAAACAAUAUUCUAAGUUUACAUGUUUUGCUGAA